CAAACUACUCACAAGGUUGCUGAAAACUCUUCAACAGCCCACGACCGGUUUCACCCUUCUUGGGACUCAUCAGAAGGAAAGACUCUACGCUCGGUUUUUGAUGCAAUUGAAAGAUCCACUGCCGGUUGAAAGGACUAGAGACUAUGUGUACAAAAUUAACUGCAACGAUUAUACUAAGGUUUAUAUAGGACAAACUGCCAGGGAAUUGCACACCAGAAUUGGUGAGCAUAAAAGAAGGAUUAACAAACCACCAAGGAAUGCAGAAGAAUACCAAACGCUGGUCAAAGACUCAGCGAUGGCGGUACAUGCCUUAGACACGGGACAUAGAAUAGAUCUGGAGAAUGUGGAAGUCUUAAGACGGGGACUGCGAUUCACACCACAACGGCUGAUAGCCGAGGCGGUGGAAAUCACUAAGCAUCACAGCGUGAAUAGAAUCGAGGGUGUGGAGCUAGCGAGCUGCAUUCUUCUCCAAAUGAACAAAGUGGGCAGUGGCACUAUGGGUCUACGCCGGAGGGUAAAAGAAGUCACCCCGGAAAAGCUGUCAUCCCUCAAAGAAGAACUGAAGCAAUUGGUCAUUAGUAAACAUGCCCCUCUUCCUGACGAACCUGAUUAUUCAACUUGUGAUGACACAUUGACGAGAUUUCUGAAGGCAAGAAAAUACUCACUGAAAGAUGCAUACAAACAACUUUCGGAGGCGAUUGAGUGGCGUCGCACUUAUCGACCGAGACACGUCGACUGCAAAUGGUGCACUGAUCAGCCAGGAUUUCACGGUAUUCGACAAGUUGGGUUCGAUCCAGAAGGGAGACCGGUUCUCUACGCCUGUUUUGCUCAGUGCCAGACGCUGAAAAACACCGCUGAAGAUACCAUCGCACACGUUGUGUACUUGGUGGAGAAUGCGUUGCGGUGUCCGGUGGCAAAGAAUAACCAGUGGGUUAUCGUGAUUGAUUGCACUGGUCUCACUCUACCGUGUUGUAAUCCGAAACUCGGCAAGCAGUUCAGUCAGACAUUCGGAAAUAACUACCCAGAGCAUUUGUACCGCUUCUUUCUCGUUCACCACAAUCCCGCACUACAUGGCAUUUGGAAAGCAAUACGUGUGUUUGUGGACCCCAACACAGCGAAGAAGGUCAAACUAGUAAAGAAGGAUAAGAUCCCCCUAGUGUUUGACGAUUACUUUGGACCGGAACUCUCUUCAUGGCUCAAAGAAGAACUGAGUCUCAAUCAAAAUGAUAUUAGCGACGCACAAAGACGUUUCUGGCAAGGUCCUUCCAAGCCUGGCACACACGAUCCUCGGGGAACUCCCAGUUACGUGCAAACCUACAUUCAACCACUGGAGAAAAUUCGUGCUGAAAAACCUUCCCAACUGUUAAAGCGUUCUGAUUUGGGUCACAAGAUCCAUUUACCGCAUCCGAAUAUUGUACAAUACCUAAACGGCAUGCUGACAAACGUCAAGUUCAUCGAUUUGAAGAGAAAACCUAAGAUAUCGAAACAAGAGAUGGAGGAAUACGGAGUGAAGCAGGCAGACUGUACGGAAAGUGAUGAGGAAUCGGUCACCGGAGAAGAGAGCACAAACGAUGAGGAAUUGGGCGCAUGUUCGGGCGGAAAUUCUCAACACGCACUUGUCUCAACAUAUUGAGCUCUACUUGUUUCAUAAAAC